AUGUUGAAGCUAAUGUGGUCACCAUGGUGGGAUGUUGAUGAAGCAAAAUUUGUGACCCCUUUAGCCCUACUGUUUACUCUUUUCUGGUACCUGUUGAUUUGGAAAAAGUCAAGGAAAUCAACAACCCCAUUGCCACCAGGCCCUCGUGGCCUGCCUCUGCUAGGGUACCUUCCCUUUUUAGGUACCGACCUUCACCACGACUUAACAAACUUGGCAAAAACCUACGGCCCUCUUUACAAACUCAAGCUAGGUACCAAACUAUACUUUGUGAUCUCAUCACCAACUCUUGUGAAACAAGUGCUUCAUGACCACGAAACUAUAUUUUCCAACCGCGACGCCACCGUUGCUGCACAGAUUGCAUCAUACGGUGGGACCGACAUAGCGUUUGCACCAUAUGGACCGGAUUGGAGGAAGUUGCGCAAGGUGGUCAUGAACCACACGCUCAGUAAUGCCAACGUUGAUGCUUGCUAUGCUUUGAGGAAAGAAGAGGUGGACAGGUCUAUCAGCCAUAUUUAUGGAAAAGUUGGCACCCCAAUUGAUUUCGGGGACGUGGCAUUUUUUACCAGCAUCAACACACUCAAGAGCUUGGUAUGGAGCGGAACGCAGCAGGAAGAGAAGGGAGCAACUGAUGUUGGGGUUGAGUGGAGGAAGGUGGUGAAAGAAAUCAUAGGGUUGCUUGUUAAACCAAACGUUUCAGACUUUUUUCCUAUGCUUGCCAGGUUUGAUAUACAAGGGAUUAGGAGGCGACAACAAAAGGCUAUUUCUGUCACUGACAAGAUCAUCAGUUCUGCCAUUGAAAUCCAGAUGAGUAUGCCUCCAUCCAAAAAUGAGGGGCUACAAAAAAAAAAAAAAGGAAGGAAGGACUUGUUGGAGUUCCUUUUGGAGCUGCAUAAUAAGGAUAGUGCAACACUCACAAUGCAAGAAAUCAAGGCCUUGCUCAUGGACUUAUUGACGGGUGGAAGUGACACCACCACAACAAUGAUGGAAUGGGUGAUGACUGAGCUGAUGCAAAAUCCAGAAGAAAUGAGAAAAGUUCAAGAAGAAUUAACAGAAAUUGUGGGGUUGAACAACUUGGUGGAAGAGUUUCAUUUGCCCAAAUUACAUUACUUAGACGCUGUCAUCAAGGAGACAUUCAGAUUGCACCCUGCACUGCCCCUGCUAGUGCCACAUCGCGUAACUCCAUCUACCACCCUUGGAGGCUACACAAUACCAAAAGGUUCAAGUGUUUUUCUAAACAUCUGGGCCAAUCAUAGAGACUCAAGUGUGUGGGAGAGUCCCUUGGAAUUUAGGCCCCAGAGGUUCAUAAACGACCCAAGCAAGUUUAAUUACAAGGGCAGUAGGCCUGAAUUUCUUCCAUUUGGGUCUGGCAGAAGAAGAUGUGUAGGGAUGCCCUUGGGAGAGAGGAUGCUUAUCCAUGUGCUGGCUUCAUUCUUGCAUUUGUUUGAGUGGAGGUUACCCCAUGGAGCAAAGCCUGACUUUUUAGAGUCAUUUGGGGUUGUGACAAGGAAACUGAAUCAAUUAGUUGUCAUUCCCACACCCAGGUUGUCUACAUUGGAGCUCUACCCUUAG